UGGGCGAGARUGCGAGAUUGACGUGAGUUCGAGGUUCGAGCCCCGUGGACGGUGCUUUCUACCGUAAACAUUAAAUUUCCUACAGUGUUUUAAACAAUAAAUACUGGACGACAUAAAAACGGUAUAAUGUUUAAAUUAUUAAAAUUAAAUUCUGUUCGUAGUUGCGUACAAAUACCAAAUAAUUCAUAUGCAUCACCUAGUGGAAUUAUUUCAUUGGGAAAGUCUAAAAAAAAACUGGGCAAAGGAGGUCCAGUUUUAGAAAAAUCUGAAAUGCCUGUUGAAACUGAUGCCAAGAAAUUAGUUAAUUUUGUAUGCGGCAGUAAUAUAUUAAAAGAAGGGCAAGAUAUAGAAUUAAAACCUGAUUCAGAAUAUCCAGAUUGGCUUUGGAAUUUGAAUAUAGACGGACCAGUACCAUUAAAAGAAUUGGAUCCUAAUUCAAAACAAUAUUGGCUCAGAGUACGAAAAUUAUCAAUGAGAAGAAAUAACUUGUUAAAUAAAUUAAAAAGGUUUUAGGUAUAUAUUAUAAUAUGAUAGAAAUAGGUAUUAUAUAUAAAUAGUGAU